AUGACGGUUAUGGCUUCUCACAUCUCAGCCUCUCGAUCGUCGGCUCUUUCCUUCAACUCUUCUUCGUACCUCCUCCCCGGCACCACUCUCAAGCGACUCUCCGCCGUCUCACUAGUUUCUCCGGCGAGUUUCUCUCCUUUCCGCCUCCGCGUCUCCUGCCAAGCCUCCUCCGUCACUUCCCCUUCUGCUUCCGAUUUGAAAGGGAAAUCUGGUCUGAAAGACUUUCUGGCCAUAGACGAUUUCGACACAGAGACGAUCAAGAAGAUCUUAGAUAAGGCUUCAGAGGUCAAAGCCCUGUUGAAGUCAGGGGAGAGAGACUAUCUCCCUUUCAAAGGGAAGUCUAUGUCUAUGAUCUUUGCUAAACCGUCUAUGAGGACUCGCGUUUCCUUCGAGACUGGCUUUUUCUUGUUUGGUGGACAUGCACUUUACCUUGGACCCAAUGAUAUCCAGAUGGGUAAGCGAGAGGAAACUCAAUACGUUGCUCGUGUUCUGUCACGCUAUAAUGACAUCAUCAUGGCCCGUGUGUUUGCUCAUCAGGACAUUCUUCAAUUGGCUAACUACUCGAGUGUACCAGUUGUAAACGGUCUGACAGAUCAAAACCACCCUUGCCAAAUCAUGGCCGAUGCACUCACAAUGAUUGAGCACAUUGGUCAAGUCGAAGGGACAAAGUUACACACUGAUCAACAAACCUCAGGUUGUCUAUGUUGGAGAUGGGAACAAUAUGGUCCACUCAUGGUUAUAAUUGGCAUCUGUUAUUCCUUCCACUUUGUUUGCGCUUGCCCAAAAGGGUUUGAACCAGACAAAGAGAGAGUUUUAAAGGCACAUCAAGCUGGAUUAAGCAAGAUUGAAAUCACCAAUGAUCCUAAAGAAGCUGUCAUAGGAGCUGAUGUUGUCUACUCUGACGUAUGGGCCACUAUGGGGCAAAAGGAUGAAGCUGAGUACCGCCGUAAAGCUUUCCAGGGAUUCCAGGUGGAUGAAGCUCCGAUGAAGUUGGCGGGUCCAAAAGCCUAUUUCAUGCACUGUUUGCCAGCGGAAAGAGGAGUGGAGGUGACCAAUGGAGUGGUGGAAGCUCCUUAUUCCAUUGUCUUCCCACAGGCGGAGAAUCGCAUGCAUGCCCAAAAUGCGAUAAUGUUUCAUUUGCUCGGCUUUUAA